UGGGAAAGAAGGCCAAACUCUCACUGCUCUGUGAUCAGCAAACCAGAGUAGAGCUCUGAACUACUUUCACUUCCAUAUUUCCUGGCCUGCAGGAGCAUACUACUGAGGUCUAGGAUUUUUUUUUUUCCCCUGCCUCUCUUUGCCUUCCUGAUCUUGCCGGAAACCGUCGAACUCGUCUCCCAGCUGCGGCGAUCUUAGGGUUUUCGCUUGUUCUUCGGCCAGAAUGCGGGAGAUCCUUCACAUCCAGGGAGGCCAAUGCGGGAACCAGAUCGGGGCCAAGUUCUGGGAGGUGAUCUGCGAUGAGCACGGCAUUGACGCCACUGGAGCGUACCACGGUGACUCCAGCCUUCAGCUCGAGCGGAUCAAUGUCUACUACAAUGAGGCCAGCGGCGGGCGCUACGUUCCCCGGGCCGUCCUGAUGGAUCUCGAGCCGGGGACGAUGGACAGCGUUAGAUCAGGCCCUUACGGCCAGGUUUUCCGGCCGGAUAACUUCGUGUUUGGACAGACCGGGGCCGGGAACAACUGGGCGAAGGGGCAUUACACUGAGGGCGCGGAGCUCAUAGAUGCGGUGCUUGAUGUCGUCCGGAAGGAGGCGGAGAAUUGCGAUUGCCUUCAAGGAUUUCAGGUCUGCCAUUCUCUUGGAGGAGGAACUGGAUCGGGCAUGGGAACACUUCUGAUUUCAAAGAUUCGGGAGGAGUAUCCUGACAGGAUGAUGCUCACCUUCUCUGUUUUUCCGUCACCGAAGGUUUCCGACACGGUGGUGGAACCAUACAACGCAACUCUCUCAGUGCAUCAAUUGGUGGAGAACGCUGAUGAGUGCAUGGUUCUUGACAACGAGGCUUUGUACGAUAUCUGCUUCCGAACGCUUAAACUUACUACUCCUACUUUUGGUGAUCUUAACCAUUUGAUCUCUGCAACCAUGAGUGGUGUCACCUGUUGUCUAAGAUUCCCAGGACAACUCAACUCAGACCUGAGAAAGCUGGCUGUAAACCUGAUCCCAUUUCCCCGCCUCCAUUUCUUCAUGGUCGGAUUCGCGCCCUUGACUUCUCGUGGUUCUCAAGUAUAUCGCUCCUUGACCGUCCCUGAGCUCACUCAGCAGAUGUGGGAUGCAAAGAACAUGAUGUGCGCAGCUGAUCCCCGCCAUGGCCGCUACCUCACUGCCUCUGCAAUGUUCCGUGGCCGCAUGAGUACCAAAGAAGUGGAUGAGCAGAUGCUUAAUGUGCAGAACAAGAAUUCCUCGUACUUUGUUGAAUGGAUCCCCAAUAAUGUGAAAUCUAGUGUAUGUGACAUCCCACCUAAAGGAUUGAAGAUGGCAUCUACGUUCAUCGGCAAUUCCACUUCAAUUCAGGAGAUGUUCCGUCGCGUAAGCGAGCAGUUCACUGCCAUGUUCAGGAGAAAGGCUUUUCUUCAUUGGUAUACUGGAGAAGGCAUGGAUGAGAUGGAGUUCACUGAAGCUGAGAGCAAUAUGUAUGAUCUCGUGUCCGAGUAUCAGCAAUAUCAAGAUGCAACUGCUGAUGAAGAGGAUGACUAUGAACCUGAGGAAGAAGAGGCUACAAGCUGAUUGCGUUGCAGAAGGUGUCAAAUAUUAGAAGCUGAUUGCGUUGCAGAAGGUGUCAAAUAUUAGGAACUUGGUCCUUGUGGAAGUUCUCUUAGUAGUGAUCAGUUUGGGCUUGUCUGGGUGCAAUUUGUAGGCUUUCGGGUGUUAAAACAAUAGGCUAUUGAGUGAUUUAUUGUUUCCUUUUGCUCUUUUCCUCCCUUUUAGAUCAUGACAGAAUUGUAGUCCGACUGAAAACUGUUUGUCGUGUGCAGUUGAUGAUGAGUGCCCUUUACCUAA